AUGAUUGCUACCUCUCAAAUUACCCUAAAAUAUUUUGAGACAGGCCACACCUUCAUGAGUGCGGAUUUAGUUCAUCAUGGUGUGGAACAGAGUAUGAAGAUCACAAAUGAAGGAAAUAUCUACGAGUUCAACGAUUUUAUUAAGGCUGUAGAAAAUUCAAAUGGGAAAAAAAUGAACGAAAUUUGUUUGAAAAACGAAGAUGAUUUAAAGUCGAAAUCUGGAGAUUCAAAUGCAAAAUAA